AUGGUUGAAAUUUCUCAUAUCCACGUAUCAGGUGACUCGCACAGGAAUGCGCCUGGUCAAGAACUAGAACAGGACUCAAUUAUUCAGAGAAAGGAAAGCAACGGAAGAAAGAGGAAACCCAGUGAAAGUGGAGCUCUGUCAUCAGAACCUUUGGAUAAGAGACCACGGGUAGAAAGCUUCACUGUAUCGUCAUCCAACCAAAUUGAUAAAGUCGGUCUGUCACAACAUACGUUUGACGAAGAUGAUCUCUAUGAUAUCUUUGGUUCUGAACCCGACAAUGAUCCGACUAUGGUACAUCACAACCCGACUUAUCCUUCUCCGUCUCCUUCUACCCCUCAAUCUCUGGAGAAACGAACGUCGGCUAGACCUCCACUCACCACACACCUUCCCAUCCCUUUCCAGACCAGUAUUCCCACACCUGACUCUGACCCCAUUUUGAAUAAACACCACUCCGAUGCAUUCCAUACCGCUCAAACUCUCAUUGAUUGGUACAAAAAACGAGCUUUAGAAACUGAGAUUCGACACCAAGAAGAACAACGACUUUCUCAUCUCCGUAUAGCCUCUUUGGAGAAUAGUCUAAAGAAUAGUCAAGCAGCAGAAAUAACGUCAUCUGCACGAAUCCGAGAAUUGGAAGAACAACUGAAGGUCACUCGAGCUUGCGUGUUGACCACCUCUACCCCUUCUCAGAAUGAGGUGGAACUGAGGAAGCAGGUGGAUUAUUACGAGAUAGAAGUGGAAUAUUUGGGUACUAAAGCCGAAAGUAGAAGGAAAGAGAGGGAUGAUUUGGUCAUUCAGUUGAAAGGUUUACGACAUGAUUUUGAGGUUCUACGUCAGAAAAGGGUUGUUACACAAUUACCAGACAAAGAGGAAACCCCAAGUCCCACUUAUCAACUGGAGGAGUGUAAGAAAGAGGUAAGAAAACUCAGCGGUGGUAAUGAAGAAAUAGGGGAUUUUUCCAGACAGUGGAAUCCCAACGCCUCAACAGACAAAUCAAACCUUCUUCGUUUUCAAAUACUACCCGCAAAGACUUCCAUGAUCUUGAAAAUGGUGAAUCCCAACGCGGUCUGUCGAUUGAAAUGGAGAAGGAAAAGCCUCAGCUCAUCAACCGCUUGA